AAAACAGCAUUCGAAGAUUCGUCAAUUUACAAAGAGAGAUCUCAAAAUCAGAAUCGUGAAGAGCUCACAAUCCCGUCAGUUGGGUGAAGUCAAGUAGGUACGUUUCAGAGUGAUUGAUUUAUCAAGUUCCUUGCCAAACAAAAAAAAAUGGCUAUGUACAUCCGGGUUAAGCGUAACAAGACAACUUACUUUAUCCAGUGUGAUCCAACUGAGAAAACUCUGGAGAUUAAGCAGAAAUUAAAUGUCCUUAUUGAUCAACCAGUUAAUGAUCAGCGGUUGAUCUUAGUGGGAACAGGGGAAGUGUUGGAGGAUUCAAAGUCACUGGCAGAGCAGAAGGUGGAAAAUGAUGCUGUUGUGGCACUAACCUUGAGAAAAGAUGACAAUGAGUUUGAGGAUGUCAACAUUGUGCGGCCUGAUGAUUUUUACCAGUCUCGUGAUGGAGAUGGUACAAAUUGGUGACAUAAC